CUCUCUUCCAAUCCGUGGAGUCGGCGCUCGAUUUCCCGCCGCUGAGGCUCGAGCUGGGGAACAGAAUCAAGAUGGCGGACAAGACGCCAGGCGGUUCGCAGAAGGCCAGUGCGAAGGCCAGGGUGCCGGACACAACACGUGUAACUGGAUCUCCAGAGAAUCAUCCACUUUUAGAAAGCAAACUUAAAGCAUUUAGUAUUGGCAAGAUGAGUGCUGCCAAGAGAACUUUAAGCAAGAAAGAACAGGAAGAAUUGAAAAAGAAGGAGGAUGAGAAGGCAGCUGCAGAAAUUUAUGAAGAAUUCCUUGCUGCCUUUGAAGGAAGUGAUGGUAAUAAAGUGAAGACGUUUGUCAGAGGAGGUAUUGUGAAUGCAUCUAAAGAAGAACACGAAACUGAUGAGAAACGAGGAAAAAUCUACAAACCUUCAUCAAGAUUUGCAGAUCAAAAAACCCAGAGCCAGAGCCAGUCAUCUUCUUCUAAUGAGAGGCCUCCAUCCCUUCUAAUAAUAGAAACCAAAAAGCCACCUUUGAAGAAGGGGGAGAAAGAAAAGAAAAAGAGCAAUUUGGAGCUUUUUAAAGAAGAAUUAAAACAAAUUCAAGAAGAGCGUGAUGAAAGACAUAAAACCAAAGGUAGAUUAAGUCGUUUUGAGCCGCCUCAAUCGGAUUCAGAUGGCCAACGCCGUUCCAUGGAUACGCCUUCAAGAAGAAACAGAUCUUCGGGUGUAUUGGAUGACUAUGCUCCAGGUUCACAUGAUGUAGGAGAUCCAAGUACGACAAAUUUGUACCUGGGAAACAUUAAUCCCCAGAUGAAUGAAGAGAUGCUGUGUCAAGAAUUUGGACGCUUUGGGCCUCUGGCAAGUGUCAAAAUUAUGUGGCCAAGAACUGAUGAAGAAAGAGCGAGAGAGAGGAAUUGUGGAUUUGUUGCUUUCAUGAAUAGGAGAGAUGCUGAACGUGCGCUAAAGAACUUAAACGGCAAGAUGAUCAUGUCUUUUGAAAUGAAACUAGGCUGGGGCAAAGCUGUUCCUAUUCCUCCACAUCCUAUAUAUAUUCCCCCCUCCAUGAUGGAGCAUACUCUCCCGCCACCUCCUUCAGGCCUGCCAUUUAAUGCUCAGCCCAGAGAGAGGUUGAAGAACCCAAAUGCUCCAAUGUUGCCGCCGCCCAAAAACAAGGAGGAUUUUGAGAAGACUCUGUCGCAAGCCAUAGUCAAAGUGGUUAUCCCAACAGAAAGGAAUUUGCUUGCGCUGAUACAUCGAAUGAUAGAGUUUGUGGUGCGUGAAGGACCUAUGUUUGAAGCCAUGAUUAUGAACAGAGAAAUCAACAAUCCAAUGUUCAGGUUUUUAUUUGAGAACCAGACUCCAGCCCAUGUAUACUACCGGUGGAAGCUUUAUUCAAUUCUACAGGGUGAAUCACCAACCAAAUGGAGGACUGAAGACUUCCGUAUGUUUAAAAAUGGGUCAUUUUGGAGGCCGCCUCCUUUAAAUCCGUAUCUCCAUGGGAUGUCAGAAGAACAAGAGCCUGAAGCAUUCGUAGAGGAACCUAGCAAGAAGGGUGCACUUAAGGAGGAACAGAGGGACAAGUUAGAGGAAAUCCUGCGUGGGUUAACACCGCGUAAGAAUGAUAUUGGAGAUGCAAUGGUUUUCUGUCUUAAUAAUGCUGAAGCUGCUGAAGAAAUUGUAGACUGCAUUGCUGAGUCACUAUCCAUCUUGAAGACUCCACUUCCUAAAAAGAUUGCAAGAUUAUAUUUGGUGUCGGAUGUGUUGUACAAUUCUUCUGCAAAGGUUGCCAAUGCUUCAUAUUACAGAAAAUUUUUUGAGACAAAACUUUGCCAGAUAUACUCUGAUCUGAAUGCUACAUACCGAACAAUACAAGGCCAUUUACAGUCUGAAAACUUUAAGCAACGGGUAAUGACAUGCUUCAGAGCAUGGGAAGACUGGGCGAUUUAUCCAGAACCAUUUUUGAUCAAACUGCAGAAUAUUUUCUUGGGGCUUGUAAAUAUUAUUGAAGAAAAGGAAGUGGAGGAAGUACCCGAUGAUCUCGAUGGAGCUCCCAUUGAGGAAGAGCUUGAUGGUGCUCCUCUAGAAGAUGUGGAUGGAAUUCCUAUUGAUGUUGCUCCAAUUGAUGAUCUUGACGGAGUCCCUAUUAAGACGCUUGAUGAUGACCUUGAUGGUGUUCCCUUGGAUGCUUCUGAAGAGUCUAAAAAAAAUGAGCCAAUUUUCAAAGUUGCCCCUUCAAAGUGGGAAGCAGUAGAUGAAGCUGCACUUGAAGCUCAAGCGGUAACAACAUCUAAAUGGGAGCUUUUUGACCAGCAUGAGGAAUCUGAAGAGGAAGAAAAUCAGAACCAAGAGGAAGAAAGUGAAGAUGAAGAGGACACCCAGAGUUCUAAAUCAGAGGAGCAUCACAUGUACUCCAAUCCAAUCAGAGAAGAAAUGUCAGAUUCAAAAUCUUCAAGCAAGUACUCAGAAAUGAGUGAGGAAAAGCGUGCCAAACUCAGAGAAAUUGAGCUGAAGGUAAUGAAGUUUCAAGAUGAGUUGGAAUCUGGAAAAAGACCCAAGAAGCCAGGCCAGAGUUUUUCAGAACAGGUCGAACACUACCGUGACAAACUGCUCCAAAGGGAGAAAGAAAAGGAGUUGGAGAGGGAAAGGGAAAGAGACAAGAAGGACAAAGAGAAAUCUGAAUCCAGAUCAAAAGAGAAGAAAGAGAAAGAAGAAUGUACACCAACAAGAAAAGACAGGAAAAGGCGGCACAGCACAUCACCCAGCCCGUCCCGCAGCUGUGGAAGCAGGCGAGCAAAAUCACCGUCGCCAAAAUCUGAACGCUCGGAGCGAUCUGAAAGAUCCCACAAAGAAAGCUCACGCUCCAGGUCAUCUCAUAAGGAUUCUCCCAGAGAUGCCAGUAAAAAAGCUAAAAGGUCGCCGUCUGGCUCAAGGACACCCAAAAGAUCAAGGAGGUCGCGCUCCAGGUCACCUAAAAAGUCAGGAAAAAAAUCCAGAUCUCAAUCCCGCUCUCCACACAGAUCCCACAAGAAGUCAAAGAAGAGCAAACACUGACAAACUCUUAAUUUUUAUGAUGCUGUCACUUACUGGAAAUGCGGUUUUGUUUUUGUGCCUGAAGAGUCUGUUUAAAAAAACACACAAAACAAAAAAAGCAUUCCUAAUUUUUUUUUUUGUGAAUGCACGUGUAUACUCAUGAGUAACUGCAUCGGUAGACCUGUCAUUGUUUUAUAUUGUACAAAAUACCUUCAUUGUGGCUACUUCCCAGAAUGAGAUUUUGUGUUUAGAAACUUCAUCUGAAAUGUGUAUAACUGAUCUGCUGGCAGUAGUGAUAUUUUGUUUUAGAAUGUUGUGAGUUAGGAAAAAAACCCCACCCACACACAAUUGUUUUCCCCCUCUCCCCCUUUUUUGUAGCUUUGACAACUUGAAUUAGAUUUCAAAUAAAAUCUGAAAAGAAAAUGUAAAAAAAUAAUAAUGGUGUUUUCUUGCCCCUCUGAAACAAGAGUUCUUUCCCCCAACCCCAGCCAUAGUUUGCCACCAUACAGAGCUGCCAAUGUGAGCUUCUAGCAGGAGUCUUUCAUACGAUGGUCAGGUUAUAGAACUCUUCCGGGUAUGUUGGGAUCUAUAGCAUGAAUAUUGUCACUUGGCAAUACGUUUUACUUAAUGCAGGAACAUUUAUGCAGUACAGAUGUUCUUAAAUGUUACGAGCUCUUGCUUGAAUUUCCAAGCUUAGCCUGCAGGCACUUUGAGAACACCUAUUCUCUCUCAUCUUACAGCCUAGCAGCCAGAAUGAGUCUGUUGAUAGUUCUUUCCAGGGACAUCAGGUCUGCUUCUUCCAUACCUAGUAAACAAUGUGAUUGUUUACUGGAGAGAGAUUAUCACUGUUGCAGCUACUUUCUAUCUGUCUGGUGCUAUAGAUGCUUGAGCAGCAAAGUACAUAGGAAGGAAGGAAAGCAGGGCUUGUGGGUGUUAGGAACCUCAAAUGCAAACUUGGGCCUAUGGCCUCUUCCGUUUGCUUGUAAACUCUUCCCUUUCGACACUCAUAAAUCUCUCGAGUCAUUCAUAGUAGCAGGAUCACAUAAUUGAUUAGACUAGAUUUAAACCAAUGCACUAGGGCAGUUUUAGUACACAUUUCUGGAAAUGUGACUCUGGCAGACUUCCACUAUUCAGUUUCUUCAUGCAUGCUCUUUUUCUCCCCUUUUACUCAGAUGUGAAAUUUGCUCUUUCCGUCUGAAACACACAUAUUUCAUAGGAAUGGUUUCAAGGCACAUAGUUCUUCACUGAACAUGAAAUCCUUUCAGCUGGUAUCUUCAGUGAAAUGGUAUUGAAGCCACAGUAUUAAGUCUUUUAAUUACUUUCCAUGAAUAGUGAAAAGAGAACAAAUUAUAUUUCCCCCUUACAACAAAUACUGUCAGAAUGAUCAGAACUCUAAAAUGCACAUCAUGAAGUGUCUUUAUAAAGUGGAUUUUAUUCCAGAAGAUGACCUUGUAAAUGCAUUUUUGUAUUGAAUUCCUCCUUUGGCUGUGAAAAUUGUUGAAAGAGUAGCAGAAAUUAGAUUUUUUUAACUUGUAUCUUUUUCUAAUAUACUUGUAUUCCUUCCCCCUUCUCCUUCCCCAGUUUUGGAUGCCCUUUUGUUUUAAACCUGUUUUUUUCCUCUUUUGGCAUUGAUAUAACAUAGCACCUCCUCUGGGUCACUUAACUUUUUUUCCAUGAAAGAAAAGUCACAAAGGUUCACUGUUUGUUUCCUGGAGGAGUGGGCAGAUUGUAAUAAAAAUGCAAAGUUUAAAGGGA